AUGACUGAAUCUGACUCCGCAGCCGUCCGGCCUUCAGUGCCCACCGAAAAGACAUUCCUUGCCUAUUCCCCAGAGCAGGGUGUUCAUUACGCCAAAGCUCGCCGAGGCUACCACCAGAGCCUGUAUAAAACCAUUCUUGACCACCAUACAUCCACAGGUGGCAAAGUGGAUAUUCUCCUCGAUGUGGGCUGUGGUCCGGGAACGGUUGCACGAGAAAUUGGCGGGCAGUUCGCACAGGUCAUCGGCCUAGACCCCGCCGAGGGAAUGAUUGCUGCCGCCCGGUCCCUUGGUGGAGCAUCCUCAACCUCAGAGCCGAUCCGCUUCAACGUCUCCACCGCCGAAGAACUCGGCUCGAAUCUAUCCCCACCUGUCGCGGACGGCAGCGUUGACCUUAUCACAGCUGCCACCGCCGCGCACUGGUUUAACAUGCCCGGCUUCUGGGCCGCAGCAGGCCGCGUUCUGAAGCCCGGCGGUACUGUCGCUAUCUGGACCACCAGCGCUAUGCAUAUUCACCCCUCGGUGCCGAACCACGAACGCUUGCAGACCCUUGUUCAGACGUUCCGUAGCGAGUACAUGGAGCCUUACACGACACCUGGAAACUUGCUGACUGAGAACCUCUAUGAGACUCUACCCUUACCGUGGAAUCUCCGGGAACCAGUUCUUGAAUUUGACGAGAGCACCUUCUUUCGCAAGGAGUGGAACAAGGAUGGCCUGGUCGCUGACCACGAAGAGUUCUUUCUGGGCCAGCAGACUUGGGAUAUGGAUACAGUGGAAAAGAUCAUGGCCACUAUGAGCACGGUGACGCGUUGGCGUGAGGCACAUCCGGAUGCAGCUGGGACGGAACGAGAUGUGGUCAAGAUUCUGCGGAGAGAGAUCGAGACCCUGCUUCAUGAGGCUGGUGUGGAGAAAGGUAAAGAAAUGGUCACAUCGGGUGUAUCUGGGGUUCUUCUAAUGGCGAAGAAGAAGAAGGAGGCGUAA